AGCAAAUAUUGGUUAUUUUUCUUCUUUGUACGUUAGUCAUACGUUCGUUAGUCAUUUUCCAGAAGCGAAAAUCCUCGACCGAAGUGGGCAAUGGGCAAAUGAUCCUAGCAGUCGGGCCCAACAGUGUUUGUGAAACGUAUCAUUAACUUAAUUGUAAGGUUGCCCAACAGUUUUUUGUGAAACGCAUCAUUGAAUUGAAUUGAAAGGUUAUGUGGUAGUUAUGCUUUAGAGAAAAUCUUUGAUAAUGAGAUUAUUUAUUCGAUUAAAUAAAUUACUCCGGUCAAAUCCCAGUGUUUCCCCGCAAUUAACGUCGAGAAAUUGCAUUCUGUUUUAUUCAAAAGUAGCGGUCGACUGUGACGACGAACGAAACCUUGUAAAACAUAAGGAAAAAUCCUUAAACAAGGUAAAGCUUAAACUUCAAGAACUGUUAAGGAUACAUGGACUAGACGCACUUAAUAUUAUUGAAAGACAUAGAGAACUUGUCCACACUUCCACUUCAAUGAUUGACAAAAAUUACAACUAUUUCAUAGAAUCGGGGAUAUCCCAUACAAAAUUAUUGAUUUAUCCAGAGCUGUUAGCUACAAAUGAUCUCUUGGAGAAAAUAGAUAUUUUAAAGACUUUGCCUCACCCAAUGAAAGUGACUUUGCCCCUCCUCAAAUUAUCUUUAGCAACUAUCAAGAGGCUCUGUGAAAAUGAUAGAAUUGAUGAGCUCUCUAAAUUUCUUAAAUUACCACUACCGGAGACUUGUUGCAUAAUAGCAGCAAAACCAUUUUUAGUUACAGUUGAUCAGGAUCACUUGAAUGAAAGCCUAAAAUUGUUAAUGGACCAUGGAAUUGCAUUUCAGGACGUUGUAAAAGACCUGUGGAUAUUACGGUACAGUACCAAGUUGUUAAAGUCAAAGCUAGAGUAUCUAAAGAAACAUGAAAUUGAUAUAAAGAAGCCUUGGUUGAUUAGGUGUACAGAUGGGACUUUAGCCAGGCAUAUUAAAAAAGAUUUAGAAAACAAGAGUGUAUUGGGAGACGAGGCUGUAAUCGAAUAUAUUUCGGAAAGAUUGUGCUGCCCAUUGGAAACUGCUAGAGAAUUUGUGCACAAAUAUCCACGUUUGCGGAGAAAGAGCUUAUUGAAAAUCAAAGAGAUGACAGAUCUUUUAUAUGGCUAUGGAUUUACAUCUGAUGAUAUUUGCCGAGUUCCAAAAAUUUUUUUGUGCAGCAUAGAAACUAUAAAAACAAGAUUAAAAGAAAUGCAUUCAAGGGGUGUUGUGACACAAAAAUUGUAUAUACUUACAAAAAGUAAAAAGGAAUAUUUGCAGUAUUAUGGGACAAGCAGUGAUAAAGACUGGAUCCCAUAUAAAACUAGCUUAUGUUAAGAUUUACAUGAAAAUGUAUCUUUUAAACUACCCAAAACUCUCUUUGAAUGUUUUUCUUUUGGUUUCUCAAAAAGAGAGUGUCAGGUAUAUUAUAAUUUUUUUUAUUCAACAAUAAAUGAAUUUUUAUGCAUUUUAGGCGAGGCUUAAUUAUAAAUUAAGAAACUAUUGUAAUUAUCAUACGCAGAAGAAAGAGAAAGAAAAAAAGAGUUACAUAGAAUAUAUAGGGUGCUAUGUUAAGCAGAAAAUUUCAUAAUAUCAACCUAUGCCCUAACCUAUUUAGCUUUUAAAAUGUUUUUAAACUUAUUAUACAGGGUGUUAAAAAAGUACGCUGCCAAACUUUAAGAAACGAUUCCUUGUGUGAUUUUACGAUGAAGCAUUCAAAUAAACAUAGGUCAAAAAAUGUAUAUUUGUCAAGAUACACGGUGUUCAAAUUUUCUAAAAUAUUUAUUUUUCCUUUUAUAACAUUUAUAUCACUUUCGAUAUUUCUAUCAAAUUUAGUGGACAUCUUCUAAUUAUAGAGAGGCGGUUUUUGACACAAACGUUUUAGUUUUAUUUUUACUAGUGGCGUCCGUACGCGGUUUGAACUAAAUAUUUUUAAAGAAAAAAAUGGCACGCCACUGCUUUUUCUGAAACCAUUUUCAGGAGCAAUUUUCGGUAAAUGUUUGGAUUGAAGUUAUAGGGGAUUUCCUUAUCGGGCCUGACUUUCCGCCUGGCAGUCUUACUGGUGAGCAGUGCAGACAAUUUAUUGAACAUGUAUUACCUGAACUUUUUCAGAAUGUUCCGCAAGAACAAAGACGUUCUGUGUGGUUUACGUGUGACGGAGUUCUACCGCACUUCAGUUUAGUAGCACGUCAGUAUUUGGAUGAAAAUUAUACUGAUCAUUGGAUUGGGCGUGCUGGACCACAUUUUUGGCCACCUGAUUUAAAUGAAAUAGAUUUUUUUUUCUGGGGACAGUUAAAAACAUUAGUUUACACAACACCAGUCCAAAGUGAAGAAGAUCUAAGAAAUAAGAUAGAAAACUCUUGUACAGUUAUUAGGAACACCCCUGGUGUUUUAAGGGUUCGCCAGUCCCUAAUAAGGCGUACACACGCAUAUAUCAAAGUCGGGGGAGGUCAUUUCCAGCAGUUGCUCUAAUUUGUUUUUUUCUGAAAGAGUAUUACUUGUACUUUGUUUAAAGAUAUUUAACAUUAUUUAAUAAUAAACGUCCUCCUGU